UCACAGCUGUUGUUAAUGUUGCUUGACAUUAGCGCAAAUUCUGUUGUUUAAAAACUUUAUUGGUGCAUGUUAACCAAAUUGGAUGCGAGUGUUUUUUAUAUAAAAAUUUAAUAAAGAAGAUUUCUGAACUAGACAGUCGGUUAAGGACAUUCGCGAUUAAUUCGAUAGUGAUGAGAGAUAUAAAUGACGUCCUGAAAUUAUUUGCGAAUGAAUACAACAUGGAUUAUUGUCGUCACUUUGACCGAAUCAAAUCGUCUUUGGAGUACUGUAACCGCCACCUGAAGAACUUCGAGAAGAUCCACUUUCGAGGCGGCAACGAAACAGUUAUUGAUGAGAUCAUUUCCAAACUAGAAGAAGACAUAAAAGGACUUGCCUACGUUGAAAAUGCUCACGAUUUACAGAAAAUCACAUUUUUCUUGGUUUUGAAUACAGACGCCACCUACAAAUAUGAUUUGAAAUCUGAUCAGCAAAUUUGUCAUGUUCUCGGCAUAGUACCUCAAAUUCCAAAAUGCUUGUUAAUAUCAAUUGUAUGGGGUUUGAAGUUAGACAAGUCGUUCUAUGAAUGCUUAUCCUACACGCCGAGUUGGUUCUCGAUACAGUUUAUUGAACCAGCGGCAGCUUCCAUGAAACAUCUUGAACCCUAUGAUGUUCUCGACAAAAUUGAGAAUCUCGUCACUGCAGUGUUCACUAACAUAUGUCGUAUGAAUUUCCGCCAAAUCGAUGUGGUGACGGCAAAAAUAAUAUUGAAUAAGUUUUAUGAUCAUACCAUGGAGCUACUGAGGCAAUUUUACACUCCGGACAUUGAAAAGUUUUCAGAUUGGCCGAAACGAGAAUUUUUCAAAUAUUCCGGAUUUGCCAUUCGUCAUAUUUUGAAAAUGGUGCUAUUCUGUUUCGACCGACUUGAAUACCCGCUGAAGCGAAAAGUGGAGGAUGAAUAUCGUAUUUAUGAAAUUUGCACCGAUGUAUCUCCGAUAAAUGAAGAAAAUCAAGAUGGCUAUUCAGAUGCAGUUCGAGAUAUUUUAAACAAAAUAUUGAUAGCGCUUCUGAAUACACUUCAAUAUAAUGUGAUGUUGGUGACUAUUGAUGUAUUUAUGCAUUGGGCCGAAGAAGAUGUGAAUCCUGAAUUGACUUUGCAAGCUGACAUAGGGAGCUAUGCAUAUCGAGUGCUGGCACGCAUGGCAACCAACAGACAAUUUGGCCAUGAUGUGGAAAAUCAUCUGAAGUUCAUAGCUAUUGAGCCGAAAACUUUAAAGGAAACUAUAAGAGAGGCGAGCAUAGGUGACAUUUUAAGAAAGAUUGAAUCUGAGGAAAUCGAUAAAAAAGAGAAACAACUAUGGUUGGACGAACUUCUAACAAGAACUGUGAUUUUCAAUAACGAUGAAUGCUUAGAGACAGUCAGCACGUGCGCUCAGUUUCUAAGUUUCAAUAAUUGCAUUCAAAUCCUUGACUAUGUAAAAAUAAUCAAAACAGAAACCGAGGAUGAUAUCAGCAUGGGGGAUAUGAAUGAAUGGAUUCCGACAAUUCUUACCAAAGCAUUAGACAACUUCAAAGCAGAUCAACUGAUUGAGUUGAUUCUGUAUGAAAUUCGACACUUUGGAAAGGACGUUACAUUUUUCCAAUGGGAACAGUUCGAACAAAGAUGCACCGUAUUCUUUAAUAAAUCAGUAGAGAACAUUGACUUGAAGGCUUUCCUUAAAUUGUGCUUUGAAAAUCCGGAGUGUGUUUGGCAAAAAUUCUUCAAUGAAGCUUGUACGUCACAACAACAGGCGAAGAAUUUUUGCACACUCGCAUCUGGUAUUAAAAAAUUCUCUACACUCUACCUACUGGAUCUUCUGUAUUCAUCGUUUUUAAGCAAUUAUGAUGAGAAGUUUUAUCCACAUUUGUUAUUCGAGAUUCAUGAGGCGGAAAUCAUCGACAAGAAUGCGUUUUUCAAAAAUUUUGUGUAUAAAGUUGUAAGUGAAUCGCUUGAUAGUCAGCGUUACGUACCACUGCUCGCAAUUCUAAAAGCAUUAUCUAUGAUUGUCCAUAAAACAAAAUCGGUUCCUGUGUUCGGUGGGAUUACUGCCCCAGUGGUUGUCAUGAUUGGCCAAAUCCUGGACCAAUGCAGAUGGGAUUUAGUCACUUACUCAGACUUACAUGAUGAAAUCGUGCGUCUUUCAAUAGAUUGCAUUCAGAUGACGAAUAAGACAUUUUUGCCGGUUGCAAUAGUCAAAGUGAAAGAGUGGAUCAGUAAUAAAGUGGGGACAUUUAGACCUCUUACGCAGUAUUACUUCCAAAAAUAUUCGUUGGCUGCCAACGAGCAACCAAAAACAUUUGAUGAGUUUUUGCGGGCAGGCCCAUUGGAUGAUGAUAUCAGCAUUGAAAAGUUCCUUAUUAAGAAUUACGUUCGAUGCACAAUGAAAGAGACCGAAUGGCUUGCAAGGAGCGAAAUCUUACGACCUCACAUCUCCAAUAUGAUACUCCUUCUGGAAAGUCUCGUUUCUGAUAUCGGUGAAAGUGCUAUAAAAAAUUUCCGACAUUCAAUUAUGAACUAUGCGAAUAUUGUUAAUAAAGUUUUACUGCCCGAUGUGGAAAACGAUGCUGAAAAGGCCGCAGAGUUAGGCUUUAAAAUACUCAAAAUUUUAAGUGAUACGCCGGCAUGUAUCUAUGAAGACAUCUUUAUGAAUUUCCAUGCUACCCUAUUAGAUGUUUUCGAAAAAUCAAAACCACUGAAUGAGGAGCAAAAACAGAAGAUAAAAGAUUUCGUAGGUUCAAUGAUAAAUUGUAAGGGUAAAGCAAUAUUUGUGCAAAAAUUCGAAGAAUUUUGAAAAGUAAUUUGUAAGUAAUUUCAUAAUGAAUAAGAAAUGU